GUGCGUGUUCUCGGCGACGGUGCAACCGAACGGUCGGCACCAUGGCGAACUACCGUCGACAGAAAAAAAUUCGCGCACGCGCUAUUUUACCAUGGCACUGGAAAUGAAACACCGGGCGAAACGUUCAUUCGAUAAACGAACCCCGCGAAGUUACCAUGGUGAACCUGUGUGACGGGCCGCCGAUAUACAACGCGUUUCACGUCCGCGACUACGAGUACAGCAUCCAGGUGAACCGUUGGCUCCUGCAGCCAAUCGGUGCCUGGCCUAAGCUCACCGAGACGCACAGAACGGAGAAAUUACUCUCGAGGAUAUUGAACGUCGCCUGUCACACGGUGAUCAUAUUCACGAUCGUGCCUUGCGUGAUGUACAUUCUGUACGAGGACGAGAGCGUCGAGGCAAGGAUGAAGGUGGUCGGCCCGAUGAGCCACUGGCUGAUGGGCGAAUUAAAUUACUGUUGCCUGUUGAUGAGGGGCAACGACAUCGCCCACUGCGUGGAGCACGUUGAACGCGACUGGCAGAUCGUGCAGAGUGCCAACGAUCGCAAGCUGAUGCUAAAAAACGCCAAGUUCGGACGUUUCAUCGCGUGUAUGGCCGCGGUGUGCAUGCACAGCGGCGUUCUGCUGUACAACAUGAUCACGGGCUUUAAGAAGAUAGCGUUCCACGUGGGGAACGACAGUUACUCCAUGUAUCUGUUACCGUGUCCGGUUUAUACGAACCUGUUGGACGUUAGAUUCAGCCCGGUGAACGAGAUCGUGUUCGCCCUGCAGUUCCUCUCCGGGUUCAUCGUCACCUCUGUCACGGUGGGUGCUUGCGGCUUGGCCGCCGUUUUGGCGAUGCACGCGUGCGGCCAGCUGAACGUGGUGACGGCCAGGUUGAACGAGCUGGUGGACACGACGGUGGAAGAGAAACGGGAGGGACCGCAGGUUGCUCAGAGGAAGCUUGGAGUCAUCGUUGAGCACCAUCUGCGAACAUUGAGUCUUAUGGAGUAUAUAGAGAAAGUUAUGAAUAAGAUAUGUCUCGUUGAGUUGGUGGGAUGUACGAUGAACAUGUGCAUGCUCAAAUAUUAUUUUCUCACGGAAAAAUCGAAAGAGAUGUUAGUUGCAUACGCUAUCAUAUACGUAUCUAUGGUGUUUAAUAUAUUUAUAUUCUGCUACAUCGGGGAGAUAAUUCAAGAACAGGGUAACAGAAUCGGGGAGAAAGUGUAUAUGACCGAAUGGUAUCGAUUACCUCACAAAACUUCUCUCGGUUUAGUGAUGAUCAUUUCGAGGUCGAACAUGGUGGUGAAAAUCACUGCAGGGAAAUUCAUCCAAAUAUCCAUAGCGACUUUUGGCGCCGUGUUUAAAACAUCUUUCGCGUAUCUCAACAUGAUCCGCACGAUUGCGAUGUGAACAUCUACGUAGCACGAGGGAUACUAACUCGAACAAACUUCUGCUGUAGACCUUUUUACGUACUAAACCAAAAAAGAAAGAAGUUCGUUAUUACUCACGAUACGUUAGCACACUACUGUCACGAACUUUCGCCAAUAUUUUUGUUGGUCAAGGUUACUUCUCGAAUAGUCGCCAGAAGAUAUCGUCCCCUAUUUUAUUAUGAGUUUCACUU